AUGGAUGAUGGUGAUUAUGACCACGAUGAUGUCGGUGGGGAUGACUUCGACGAUGUCGAGGAGGAUGACAACAUGGACGAGCUGAACCAGGAGGAGGACGGAGACAACAUCGAGAUCAUCAAUCCGGGCCAGGCCGGUGGUGGCGUACCGAAGAACAAGCGCAUCACGACAAAGUACAUGACCAAGUACGAGCGGGCGCGGGUGCUCGGUACACGGGCGCUUCAGAUUGCCAUGUGCGCUCCGAUCAUGGUGGAGCUGGAGGGCGAAACCGAUCCGCUGCAAAUAGCGAUGAAAGAGUUGAAACAGCGCAAAAUUCCCAUCAUCAUACGGCGCUACCUGCCCGACUCGUCGUACGAAGAUUGGAGCAUCGACGAGUUAAUCAUAAUUGAUCAUUAA